UUGCGGAGGAGAUCGUGAGAGAAGGAAAACAACAGGGCUUGUUUGAAUUUGAAGAGAAGAGAACGAAAGAAGAUUCAAAAGAUGGCGACGGCGGCGGCUCCAUUGGUUGAAUCUGUGCAGUGUUUUGGUCGCAAAAAGACGGCGGUAGCCGUUACCCACUGCAAGCGCGGCCGUGGAUUGAUCAAGAUCAAUGGUUCCCCGAUCGAACUGAUCGAGCCGGAGAUCCUUCGUUACAAGGCAUACGAACCUGUCCUCCUCCUAGGUCGUCACCGAUUCGCUGGCGUGGACAUGCGUAUCCGCGUGAAGGGAGGCGGUCAUACCUCCCAGAUAUAUGCUAUCAGACAGAGUAUUGCUAAAGCUCUUGUCGCCUUCUAUCAAAAGUUCGUUGAUGAGCAGUCCAAGAAGGAGAUCAAGGAUAUCCUUAUGAGGUACGAUCGGACUCUACUUGUAGCUGAUCCUAGGCGUUGCGAGCCCAAGAAGUUUGGUGGUCGCGGUGCUCGUUCUAGAUUCCAGAAGUCUUACCGUUAAGAUUCUGGAUGACACUUUUCUUUCCCUAAUGCAAAGAUUGCAAGGAAACACUCUUCAAGAAAAGGAUCUUGAACCGCCUCGUUCAAUAGUCGAAGCCCGAUUUAUACUUUGUUGGGACACGACUAACACAAUCUAUGCAUAUUUCUGACAAUAUCA